GCGACGUUGGCGGGCGGCGACGAUGGGCAACAGCUGCGCCAAGAAGGACCCCGACCCGGAGCUGCAGGAGGAGCUGAGGCGCACACAGGGGCAGGUGCGAUCAGUGCACGGGAACGUCAGUGCCUUUUUCGGACGAAUUUCUGUCUUUCUGUCGGUGCCUACAGUUGGAGUCGGCGAGAAAGGAGCGCAAUAAGACUAAGGAGGAGGUAUGGCACGCCCAGUCAGUGGCAUGCAUCGGUGGAACCACUCGCUCAUUCCCUCUCAGCUAGACGACGUGGGCGCGAAGUUACAGCACAAGGGAAUGGAGGUGAGCUCACGCGUUGAUGCGCGCGCAUCGUGUGGAUGAAUGGGUGGGUGGAUGGAUGGAUGGAUGGGUGGAUGCAGCUCGAGCAGAAGAAGUGGGACAUAGAGGACAAGGACAAGAAACACAAAGAAGAAAUGAAGAAGCAGCUCCUCAAGAUCAGGGAAUUGGUACCAUUAAUUGUGGCUGGCUGGCUGCCGUCCACACAUCACGCACACACAUACAUACCCCUUCUUGCCACCUGCGUGCCUUGCUUGUUUUUGUGUGCGUCAGGAGAAUGUCAAGUUUGACAAAGAGCAGGCUGAGGAAGAGACCAAGCAGCUAAGGCACACAGUGAGUGGGCAGAUACACACCACGGACAUGAUGGAUGGAUGGAUGGACGGUGUCAGUCGAUUCACAGGGCGAAGAUCAUCAAGGAUAAGGACGAAGAGCUCAGCAAGAUGGAUGAACAGGUGGGCGGGCAGCCCAAUCCUUGAAGCUGCAUAAGUGCCACCUUAUCUCUCUGCGUAUCCGUGUGUGUGUGUGUGUGUGUGUGUGUGUCAGAACAAAAUGCUGAAACAGUGUCUGCGGGCCAAGUCUGAAGCACAGUCACACAUGCAGAGAGAACAUCUUGGUGUGUGUGUGGAUGGAUGGAUGGAUGGAUGGAUGGCGCAGAGAGCCCUAUCAGGGCUUCGGGUUUGUUUGUGACGGCAAGACUGUGCUGCUGACGCUCAUCCGCUCCCGGCUGGAAAAGGUGAGCAACCAAAGUGACGGCCCCUCUCCACGCACAUCUCUCUCUCUCUGUGUGUGUGUGUCUGUCUGUCUGUCUGUGCUCAGUUGGGUACGGCCGAGCAGGAGCAGCUGCACCUGAUACCGAGCGACGUCUUCGACAAGACGAGUAGCCCCGAUGUGAGUAGCCUGCCACACUUCAAUGUGCGCCCGUCUGUCUGUCUGUCUUACUGUCUGUCUGUCUGUCUGUGUGGCAUGGACAGGUUGAUUUCUCCACGAUGACGGCGCUGGUCAAGGAGCUGAAAACCAAGUUGACGACAUCCGUUGACGGCAUAGCCGUCGCCGCCCGUAAAUAAGCAAGGAAGACUGCACUCACCCCCUGCACGGGUGACGGGUGUGUGUUGUCUGCAGCCAUUGAGGUGAUCCCCGUGCUGGCUGCUCUGAUGCAGGACAAGGGCAUCACAGCCAAAUUCAAACGGACUGCCAUGCACGUGAGUGAGCCUGAGGCGGGGCAAAACGGAUGGAUGGAUGGAUGUGUUUGUGUGUGUAUUGCAUGGCAUUGCAGUGGGCGGGCGUGUGGGGCCUCCAGGGCCACGUGGACGCCAUCAACUCGUUCUGCGACCAGAUACGAGGUGAAUGGUCACGACGACACAUAGCAACAAUGCAACGAUGUCUUUCAUCCUUCUGUCUGUGUGGCUGCCUCAGAGCCUCCCGCGGCGCCCCCCGCCGCAAGGGCUAGAUGGUUCUCCGCCCCCUGGUCGGCAGGCUGGCUCUCGUGCGCGUCGGCCGAGAAGGAGUGAGUGCGUGUGUCGUGUGUACAGACAGACGAGCUAUGCGAUGCUGCUGCUUUAGUGAGGGCGAACAUGUCUGUGUUGGUUCGUCCGCUACUUGUGGUCUGUGUGAGUCCUGACUAGUGGGUGGCUAGUGGAUGUGCGCUCUCACCUUCCUCUCUGCCUUGCUGCCUAUCUACCUGGCUGGCUCCUUUGUCUGUGCCUGGCUGCGAUUGUAUGUAUAUAUGCAUGUGUGUGUGUGUGUGUGUGUGUGGAGUGCUGACGUGCCAUUUUCGCCACAUGCAGCGGCGGGAGAGGGACAGACAGAGGUGUGCAUACAUGGUGGGUGAUGGUGUGUCUAGGGGGCGGACGGAUGACUUGCUUGCAGACUCACACCUACGUCGUGUGCCGUGGUGGACAUUCCUGGGUAGCGACAGACCUGUCUUACACGUUGACACACACCGGGAGGGUCAUCGACUGACGACAAAACCGUCAACA